AUGAAUUCUUUGCUCACACCCAUCCAAGUGGACCGUUUUUUAUCAUGUUUUGAGAAUUUUAUUUUAGUUGGUGAAGUUACGGCUCACUGGAGGAAACACAAAAUGUAUGACAAAAAUGUGACAGGAUUGUCUUUCAAUUUGAAUAUAACGAAGAAUGGCAAUUUCAUAAUGGACUUUGAAGGACAAAUAAUGGACUACCGCUCGGGGGGUCGUGCUGCCUGCAUCCCUAAAGAGGAAGGCAUUGCCAAACCUGUUACAUGGGAAAUCAACGGCACUCUACCGAAUCCGAAUUAUGCGAACUUGCUGGUCUUCCACAUGCUUCCACAAAAAGCAUCUCGAAAACACGUGGAUGGGAAAAUCACAAAAGAUGAUCUUCCUGAUGGUCCAAAGUGUGAUGAACUUUCUAUCAAAUUUCAUUCGGAUAACUACAUUUUGUUGACCAACGAAGACUUCAUCGCUCCAUCAACAACAACAACGGCAACCACGACUAAGCUUCCCGAACCAACCACGACUAAGCUUCCUGAAGCAACCAAGAGUGAACUCUCUUUUGGGUUUUUCAAUCACACGCUGAAGGGUGAAAUGGUUACUCUUGCCGAACGAGUUGGGGAAGUCAACAAGGACAACAUUAGUUUGUACACGAAGCAUCCUGGGGCCUGUGAAGUUACUUUUGAAGACAAUUUCAUCGUUCUUCACUACAAAAAGGAAAGCAAAGCGGCGAAGAAUGGUUGCGCUGUGGAUUUGCUCUCGCGUCUUCACAACAUGAUCAAGUUGGAAACUGGAGUGGAGAACAAAGGAGGGAUUGAAAAAUGCCUGGGGAAAUGUUCAUCAGAAGAUUUGCCUUUUAAUGGAAGCAGUGCCAAUCUUUUGCCCUUCGGCUACAGCACAACAAGAGACAAGAACAUCACUAAGCUGAAAGUAAAUGGACCGUUGUAUGAUGCUAAGGAGGAAAAUUGUCAUAAUCAGGAGGAGUGUGGAAAGUCGGCAGAUUGUAUGAGGUGGACUUCUCUUGAAGCUGCGUGGACUACCUGUAACAAUAAAUUCUUUGCUCAUGCCCAUCCAACACGAAGUUCGACGCAAAAGCCAAACAGUUAUCCUUCGAUUUGACUAUAACGGAGGAUGGCGAUUUCAUAAUGGACUUUCGUGGGCAGAAGAUGGACUAUGCCGAAUCGACUAAAAUAGCUCAUUGCCUCCCUAACGACACGUUCGUAGCCGAGCCUGUUACUUGGAAAAUCAACGGGACAAAGCCAAAAUCGAAUCACAACAACUUGCUUGU